AUGUUCCAGCCACACAGUCUCUUCGACCUGGCCAAGGAGAGCCUCGUCAAGAACGAGUCUGCGGUCACAGGGCCUCUGCUGCCGAUCCCUUGCACUGUAUGGGAAGACCUCUUUACGGAAGCUAUGCAGAGUAACUCUCAGGUGAUAGUGGCAGCCAUGGUAGCCGCUUGCCCCUUGUCCUGGCUGGACCUGGACAGUAUGAUGGAGCAGGCGAGCUCUUCUCUGAGCAUGUUGUCGAGUGUGUUCAAGGGACUCGGUAUCAUGCUAGACCAGCGGCCUCCCUGCGCCACGGGCCAGCUCACCGUGCUGUUGCCCCCAGCUCCAGAGACCUGGGUGCAUGAGGAGUUGGAUCCAGAGCACAGAUGUUACUUCGAGAAUCGCCCGGCAGAGAUGCAAAGCCCUAGGAAGCCGAGGAGAGAGCGCCGUUCCAGAUCAGCUCCGAGGCAGCCAGUGGGAGAGUUGGAGCUCGUGGGAGAUCUGAGCUUCAAGAUGAUGCAGUCAAACGAACUGCUCACCUUCCUCAGGUGCAGGGUGCAGGAGGGAAAAGUACUCCCUCUGCUUUGCUGUCAGAAGGUGACCUUUUCGGAUGAUCUACCCGAGUUUCCAGUCAUUGAGAAGAUCCUCGGAAGUGUGCGGCUGGAUCGUGUCGAGGAGUUGAGAAUCCACCACACGGAAGACAGACGCCUCCUGUCCAUGUUGGCUCCUUACCUGCCCCGGUUGGUGCAUCUGCGUACACUGCUGCUCCAGUCCCUUGUCGUGAAGCAGGGGUCCUCUAGGCAACGACGUCUCCUGGCCAGGUGGAACACAGACGAAGAGCUGGACGGCAUCUUCACGGAAUUGACCUCCCAGCUCACCCACCUACGCCAACUCCAGCAUCUCCGCCUGAGUAAUGUCUACCUCUGUGGCAACGUCGGCCAGUUUCUCAGGCAUCUAGAGACCCCCUUGGAGUCCCUGACCAUUUCCUCCAUUCCCUGCUCGUUAGAGAUCUCAGACCUCCAAGCCCUAUCCUCGUAUCCCUGCACCAGCAAGCUAAAGGUACUGAAUUUAUCCCAUAACAACUUGGCAAAUAUAAAUGUCGGGUUGCUCCGAACUGUCAUCUACAAGAUCUCGGCCACCCUGGAUCUCCUAGACUUAUCUCACUGUGGACUCCUGAACUCCCACCUCGUCGCCAUCUUAUCUGCCCUGAGCCAGUGCGAGCAGCUCCGGCUGUUUAGAUUCUGUGGAAACUGUGUGGAUGUGUCGACCAUGAAGAGACUGUUGCGUCGCACUAUCCCGACCGACAAGUCCAGGCUCAUGGUGCUUCCCUUGCCUGACGACGCUGAGGAUGAUGACGACGAUGUGUAUGACUAUGAGAUUGAGAGCCGCUUUAUCAAUGGGCUUUCUCUUCUCCUGCAGGAGUUAGGUGUCCAUAGCCAGAUUUACGUGAUCCGUGAUGAGGAAUUCCUGGAGGAGCACAUAAAAGUCUUGAUGCUACGAACCUAA